AUGUCUUAUAGUGCUACUCUGGACUCCGAAUCUGCAAUAUCGAUUUACCGGGCGCCCAAAGCGACUUUCGUCAAAAGAUUAGUCCAGAUAGGAUGCGCAAUGUUCUGGUGUUUGCUAGCGGCUGGCCCCAUAUUCGGUUUUGCUGCGUUGAAACCAGUGCUCAUUGACCAAGGCAUCUACCAUGAAAAAUGUAAAGCCGAAGAACUCACGUUUGGUAAACUCGAUGAGAUGUUGCAAAGCACAAUUUCCUCAAAAGAGAAAGAUCUUUGUCCAGCUCAAGACUUGUCACUAAACUUUAUGUUCACACUUGCUGCUGUAGUGACAAAUGCCGCUGCUCUGCUGGUUGGUCAUGUCCUAGAUACCUAUGGUCCAAGAGUCACAGGAAUAACAGGAGCUGUUUUGUUGGCACUAGCAAGUUUGCUACUGAGAGACGGUGACAAACUACCCUUUGACGGGUACCGUUACGGGUACUCUCUACUAGCCUUGGGUGGACCCUUUGUGUUUAUAUCUUGCUUUCAAUUGGCAAACUCAUUUCCCAGAAACUCUGGAUUGGUUUUGGCAUUACUGACUGGAGCAUUUGAUACUUCAUCUGCUUUGUUUUUGUUCUACCGCCUCAUUUACCAAAAUGAUAUCAUCAAAAAUCUUACGUUGCAUAGAUUCUUUAGCUUCUACUUGGUGGUACCGGCUUUCAUUUUGAUAUGUCAACUCACUAUUAUGCCUAAGGACUCCUACAAGACAUCCAAUACACUUGCUAAGAUUACAGUGGAAGGAAUCGAUGAAACUGGUAUUCCUAUCACAAUCGAUGAGGCCUCACAGCUCUUGCCAAGGGAAACCAUUAGCAGAAGAAACUCGAUAAGAACAAUCUACGAAGAGGAAGCUGAAAAUAAAUUGGUAAAGCAAACCGGUAUAUUUGGAGCUUUGCAUGGAAAGACUGUGAAGCAGCAAAUUUUCACUCCUUGGUUCUAUUUGAUGGCCCUGUUCACCUCAGUACAGAUGCUACGUAUAAACUUUUUUGUUGCUACUAUAAGAGCUCAAGAGCAGUACUUUUUUGACUCCAAGACAGCUGCCGUUAUCAACCAAUUCUUUGAUGUCGCAUUACCUGCAGGAGGUAUCAUUUCUAUUCCAUUCAUUGGAUUCUUUUUGGACAACUUCAAAACUGUGACCGUGAUCCAACUUUUACUUGGAAUAUCUCUGCUCAUUGGAAUAUUAGGAGUGAUUGCAAACGAGGCCUGUGCCCUUUUGGGAAUAGUGCUCCUAGUUGUUUAUAGACCUUUCUAUUACACUGCGGUCUCUGAUUUCUGUGCCAAAGUGUUUGGUUUUGAUACUUUUGGAACAGUUUACGGUACUAUCAUUUGUCUUUCGGGAUUUUGCAAUUUGAUUCAAAAGUACUUGGAUACUCUGAUGCAUGACACCUUCCAAAUGAACCCAAUCCCGGUUAACAUUUUGCUGGUUUCCAUAACUGCUUUAUUCGGAGGUUUGCUGGUCUUUUUUAUUAUUGGUCAAGAGAAGGAGAUAAAAAAAGCCCAAUUGAUAUUGGAGGCUGAGAAUGCCGACGUAGUUGAUAUGCCAAACUAG